GAAGCCUCGGGGGUGGGAGUGGGCUUCCCGAGGGCGUCCCGGCCCGCCUGUCUUAGGACCGGGGAGCCUUGGGCUGCGGGUUCCUGCGUGGACCGAAUCAGGGUUCUCCGGUCCAGGAAGUCCUCGGUGGGGGCCUCGUGAUCCCCACCCUUCCGGGUUUUGUCCGGCUUGGCGGAGGGGCGUGAGGCCCCUGAGCUGGCUUGCUCAACGCGGAGUCGGCGCGCGCAUCCCCGCCGCUCAGACUUUUGGAACCAGACCCCGCUGCGGCCGGGAGUCUGGCCCUUGAGCAAACGUCCUCGACGGUUUGGUGCAGAUGGGCCUUCGCACCACAGAGGCCUCCGUGGCUGCCUCCCGAGGAGUGCCGCCACAGGGGCUAGCCUUGGGCUGCGGUCCCCAGAUAGCAGCAGAUAGUGAGUGAAGGGCCUAACUCAAGAGCCACGGAGGUGGAGCUGUGUUAAAGGGAUGGAUGGUGUGUGGGUGCAUACAUCAGAACCUGAAGCUGGGCCCUCAGGUUCACCUGGCUGCUCUGGGUUGUGAGCGGCCCCACGGCUUACUCACAGAGGUCUGGGACUGCGAUUAUUUUGAAGUUUUUGCAAGUGUAAGGCCAACUUUUAGGUGUCCGAGGGAGCAAUGGCAGGCCGUGAAGCGGAAGUGCUGGAUAUUCUUCGGCUGAAUGUGGGUGGCUGCGUUUACACGGCCCGGCGUGAGUCUUUGUGCCGCUUCAAGGACUCUAUGCUGGCAUCUAUGUUUAGUGGCCGCUUUCCUCUAAAAACAGAUGAAUCCGGGGCAUGUAUUAUAGACCGCGAUGGACAUCUAUUCAAAUACAUUUUGGACUAUCUCCAUGGCGAGGUUCAGACUCCUAUGGAUGAACAGACUCGAGCCGCCCUGCAGGAAGAGGCUGACUACUUUGGCAUCCCUUACCCAUACAGCCUGUCUGACCACUUGGCCAAUGAGAUGGAGACAUAUUCUUUAAGGUCAAAUAUAGAACUUAAAAAGGCUUUAACAGACUUCUGCGAGUCAUAUGGCUUAGUUUGCAAUAGGCCAACAGUUUGGGUUCUCCACUAUCUUAACACAUCUGGUGCAAGCUGUGAGAGUAGAAUUAUUGGUGUCUAUGCUACAAAAACUGACGGGACAGAUGCCAUCGACAAGCAGCUGGGAGGAAGAAUUCAUAGUAAAAGCAUUUUCAAAAGAGAGGCGGGGAAUAAUGUUCAGUACAUUUGGAGCUAUUACUCUGUAGCCGAGUUGAAGAAAAUGAUGGAUGCCUUUGAUGCUUGGGAAGGAAAAGGUGUAAGCUACUGGCGUGUGCCCCAUGAGCUCAUAGAGUGCUGGACGUUGGAAGAGCGCCCUUUACAUGGAAGCCUGCGCCAUAUGGCCCCAAUUCGAAAGAGGAGGCUGACAGCCCUCAGCGAAGAGGAUGAAGGCGUGAACUGCAGGGCUGCUCCGAAGCCGGUCAGAUUUUUGGGCCCUUCCACAAGCACCCAAAUUAAAGUCAAGAAUUCUGCUUCAGUCAGGGUGUCACCUGCCAAUGCCGCCCAGAUCUCCUCUCAGGCUACAGCAAACAGGUCCCAAAGAGGCAGCUGUGGAAGGGCAGCCCAGUGCUCUGUGGCCACAGGGGCAUCUGGGCACGCUCCUGCUUCCCCUGAUGCCCAGAGUUCGGAAAACCACGGCACACAGCCGCCUCCUGUCAAAGUGCUCCUCUCUGACAAGAAGUCUCCACCCCACCGAGUGAUCAAGCUGAGAAGGACUCCACUAUGUGUGGGGCCUUCCCUGCCUAUCCCCUCAGCAGGGAGCCAGGCCGGCCCCCACCAGCAGCCUUCUCCCGAAGCUUCCAGCACCCUGGCUGAGCAGACUGACAACAGGAAAGACCAGCCUGAUGGAUAAAGUGACUUGAAACUGUCCAUGUGGCCCACAGCUUCCAGCGUGCUGGUUCCAGCAGCGUUCUUGGGGUGGAAAGGGAAACCAGUGUAGAUGUUUAGGAUUAUUACAGGAAGAGUGAAUGCCGAGACGUGGGAGGAGAGGAGGAGACUUUGUGGUUGGGGUUAUUAUUUUCUUUCCAUUUUCCUAAGCUUGUCUAUGUGCAGUUCUAGUUUUUAAUUUUAAGUUUUAUUUAAAUGGUUAAUUGAUACCAAGGCAAGCAAGCAGUAAGAAGUCUCCCCUUUUUGCAGUAUUAGAGCUGCUCAGCCACGUUUAUAAUGCUGUUCUGGCAGUCCAAGGGUAGGACUGAUGUCUGGGCACAGGCGCAGAGGGGCCACCUGUGCUGGCCACGCUGUAUGGAGGCCAGGAGAGCUCUCAGAUGGAGUGUGAAUCCACAGGCUGCUCACAGUUGCCUCUUCUCCAAAGACAACAUGAGAAGAAGUGAUGGGAAAGAAGAGUAUAAUUAAAGGUCAGACGUUGACCUUCUGAUUGGGCCAUUUUUGUUCGUCGAUUGGCACCCUACUUUGUUCUGGUAGCAGCUGUGUCUACACACAAGGGAAGUUCGUGUUGUAGGAGCUGUAGGGUGGUCUUCAGAAUAGUUAAAAUACGGCAUUUCACGUCGAGCAGUGAAGUUUUGAGGUACUUUGAAAAAGUUAAGUAAGUUUAACUUAACUCAAGUUAAUUUGUUCCUAGAGGUGACUGUUGAAGAGGUCUUCUAAUUAUACACUACACUUUAUGCAUACAAUUUCCAUAUAACUUGAAUUUAAUAUUUUUAAACAAAAUAUUUUGAUCUAUUUUUUCAUGUCCAUUGAAUUGUGCGUGCUUUCUCUUACAUAUUAUGUUUGGUAAUUGGAUGGUACAUUUCUGCUUUCCAUGAGCACUGUGCUAAGCUAAGUAGGUUUAUAGAGCAGGGUGUUCUUACUCAAAUGCUGGACACUGCACUUGCAUUGCUUUGAAAGAGUGAGGCAAGUAUACUCAUGAUGUUUCUUUUGAAAUAAAUAAAACGUUUCCACAAAUAA